UUAAUAUAAAUUCGUUCUCGAAUCCGUCACCGUCGCCCUCCUGAUUUCUCCUAGGGUUCGGCGCCUCCUCCCCUUCGCCCCAUCCUCUAUGUCGCCGCCUCCGGGAUCCCUCCGAUCCCCAACGCCGUCUCGCGAUUGCUGAUGCCGCCUUCCCGGAUCGUCUCUGCUUCUUGCUUUCGGUCCGCUCCGAUCCAAAAUAUACCUGUUAGUCAAGGAGUAGCAAAAUCCGAAUAUUGCAACAAGCACCUCAAUACGUGGAGCCAAAGCAGAAUGUCAUGAAGCCAUAUGGAUCCCUCAACAAUGUAAUGCACUAAGCCGGGAAGGGAACCUGUUCAGUUUUUGGAGAAUAAUAAAGCCCCACAAACCUUGAUAAUGAGUACAUCUCAGCAAAUACAAGCUCUUAAAAUUCCUGAAGCUGUUGUUGCCCUUGCUCAGGCAGCUGGAAAAGUUAGUGGUGAGACCGAAAAAUCAGAUCUUCCAGGAUGGUCUUUAUUCCCAUGUACGGUUCAGAUGCUAAAAUGUGAGAAAUGUUCACGUGAGUUUUGCUCCACAAUUAACUAUAGACGGCAUAUUCGAGUGCAUCGCAGAUCUUUGAACAUUGAUAAGGACUCGACGAAGAAUAGGAUGCUUUUGGGAGUAUUUUGGGAUAAGCUACCUCUGGAGGAGGCAAAAGAAAUUUCAUCAUUCAAAAAUGUGGAUAUAGAGGAUGUUACUGGUUCUUCAAUUAUAAGGGCGUUGAAAACUUCUGUUCAAAAUCUUGGGCUGCCUUUACUGCCACAUAUAUAUGUGAAGGCUGGCACAACUCUUUUGAAUGUUAUAGAAGGAAGUCCUUCUAGGUUUCCUAUAUCAUCUCAAGAAUUGUUUGGAGUGCUUGAUGAUGCAAGCGAGGAGACAUUUUUAUGUGCUGGCAGUACCUUGUCAAUGCAAAAGUACAUCUUCAGUGGAGAUGCUGGGAAGAUUGCUCUCGAGACAAAAAACUCAGUUGCUUUUGCUAGUUUUAUGCUUGAACAGAAAUUGGUGAAAUCGUGGUAUGCUGAUAAAGAUAUUGAAGCUUUAAAAUGCCAACGUGUGCUUAUGGAGGAAGAAGAAGUUGCUAAGAAAAGGCAAGCUGAGCUCCAGGAAAGAAAAAGGUUGAAGAAAUUGAGGAAAAAAGAAAAAAGGGUGAAUAUAUCGACUGGUGUUGCCAAUGCAAAAAACGAGAAAUGUUUGUUUGAUACUGUUGAGGCAACAUGUAGUUCCAUAGAAACACUAAAUGAAAUGCUUGCAUGUGAGUUUUGCCAGAACACUUCUAAAGAACCAGUUUGUCAGGAGACACAAUGUGGAGAGGCAACCAGACUGGUUGAACCACAAUUGGAUUGGAACCGGAGACAGCAUUCUCACCCUGACAAUGCUGAUCAGACUGUAGACCAGAAAAUAAAAGCCAAGGCUAGUGAAUGUCAAAUAACUACCACUAGUGGGCAAGUCCCCAUGUCAGCACAAAUUUCUCCAAAUGGUCAUGUUCUGGGAGAAGUUCCAUCUGCAAAAUCUUCAGUAACAUCAACUAAUGACCUUAUGAUUUUGACAAGUAAAACAGUGCCAGAUAGAGAAGAUGCAAAUGAAAGAAACACUGAUCCAAAAGCUCGAUAUUCAUACAACGAACAUGAAGUGCUGAUAGGCUCUAUCAGUGUCACACUUAGAAAGGGUUAUGAUGAUAGCAGGGAAGCUUCAGCUUUGGUACAGAAACAUUUCAAAAAGCUAGCGAAGAAUGAUUUACAUCCCAGUAGUGCCAUUCGGACGACAAUUGAACUGCACAGACCAGUGUGCCAUGACAUUGCAGAUUCUACCACGGAAAAGAUUGCAACUGAAGGCAAUCAAUUUCAUUCUGAUGCUUUCAAUCAAAUUUCUGUUGAAGAUAUUUAUUUGUCCUCUGUUGCAAUGGUUGACAGUGGCACUGACAAAUGCUGGAAUUCUUUCACUGACCUGGGUGAUGCAGGAUUGUCCUUGCCGAGAAUGUUUUCAAGCCAGAUCGCAAGGGCCUUCCUAGCAGAGAGAUGGAAGGAGUCUAUGAUAGCUGAUCACGUGACACUAACUUUACCCAGUGAUUUGGAGGCCACUAGGCUGUCAUCAGAGUUUGAGGUACAAGAUCGGCGACUUUGAUUUCCGAGGUCAGGUCAUCCUCGAUGCUUCAGCACAUAAAAACAAAAUUAGCUGCAGACAUAACAAGAAGUCUAGGCCUGGUUUAUCUCAGUGCUUCAGUGGGGAAGCAAGGGGUUAGAUAAAUAGACUUUUGCUAUGAUUUAUACUUUUAGCAUCCCCAAAUUUUAGAAGGCUUCCCAAUUUUAAGAGAGGUCUGUGUUUAAACAGUUCCUUUUUUUUCUUCUCCUAAAUAUUAUUGUCAAUGUGUCUCUAUAGGUGUUGUACUGGUUCAUUUUUAGUACCAUCGUUUUGGUUUUACUUGGACCUUUUGUCUGUACAAAAGCAUAGGAUCAAACGUCUAUCUCUGAUUUAGUCC